UCCACACCGCGAGCGAAUCACUCCACCCUCAUUUUUCAAACUGACAGAUGUAUCACUUCGCAUCAAGACAGCAAGAUAAAUAAAUCUAACAAUUUCCUCAACUGCAGCCGACAUGUCAUCCGCCAGCGAGAGCAGGUACACCUAUGAGCAGUACAAGGAGACAACUGAUUGGCUGCUGGAGCGUAUGCAGCACAAGCCCAAGGUGGCCAUCAUCUGUGGUUCUGGACUGGGAGGGCUGGCAGACUUACUGGAGAAUAGUGUAGCCUUCCCUUAUAAAGACAUCCCUCGCUUCCCUCAGAGCACAGUGCCAGGCCAUGCUGGGAAUCUGGUGUUUGGGGAGCUGCAAGGGAAGGCCUGUGUUUGUAUGCAGGGCCGGUUCCAUUACUAUGAGGGCUACAACAUUGCCACAGUGACGUACCCGGUGCGUGUGUUUACUCUGCUGGGGGUGGAGACGUUGAUAGUGACCAACGCUGCAGGAGGACUGAACCCUAAGUUCAAUGUUGGUGACAUCAUGUUGAUCGGAGACCACAUCAAUAUGCCUGGCCUGGCUGGCAUCAACCCUCUGAGGGGACACAACGAUGACAGGUUUGGUGUGCGGUUCCCCUGCAUGUCGGAUGCGUAUGAUGCAGAACUGGGCCGUUUGGCUCGAGAGGUAGCGGAGGAGCAGGGCUGUUCCUCUUUCCUCCAACAGGGGGUGUACUGCAAUGUGGGCGGCCCCGCCUUCGAGACAGUGGCAGAGAGCAAGAUACUGCUGAGUCUGGGGGCAGACGCUGUGGGUAUGAGUACAGUGCCAGAAGUGAUAGUGGCUCGUCACAGUGGUCUGCGUGUGUUCGGCCUGUCUCUCAUCACCAACCGCGUGGUGUCAGAGUAUGGCAGCCAGGACCGCGUCAACCAUGAGGAGGUGCUGGAAAUCACCCAGCGACGCACACAGGACCUGCAGAAACUCAUCAUCAACCUCCUGGCCCGAAUAUAGAGACACACACUAUCUGAUAGUGAUGUUCAAUAAAAACUAAGGGCAGCUUGAAUCAGAGAGGUACGAGUGUAUCUGAUUCCACACACUGUAUUGGAAUCAGUAUUUGUGAGUUUAGAUGUUUACAGCACUACUUUACACACAUCACUCUAUGUGAGAAACUCAGGGUUUACUUCUCCAGAGAGGCAUGUUGGUAUGUGCAGAUGUGACUGAGUUAUUCAUAUGUGCCUGCGAGAGAGAGGACUAGGAAUUCUCAACUCCACCUUGUUGUUGUCCACAACUGAUUAUUCUUUCUUAAGUAACAUCUUAUUUUCUUGAAAAAGCUAACACUGAUAUUCCAUUCAGUCCAAAGUCAUUUUUGUAACUAUCUUUGUAAAAAUAAAUGAAUAUAUUCUAAUAUCUGUUAUAGUGCUGACAGUAUGGACAGUUUUAAUCUAUUGAUUUUUUUUUUUUAAUAAAAGUUUGUAUUAUUCUAGGAACAUACAGUGUCUCUUUCUGCUUACUUGCUGUUGUUGGCUUGCUUAUAGCCCUGCAUCUCUUCUGAAACACUCUUGUGAAAUAAAAGGCACC